AUGGCAGAGUAUUUGGGAUGCGUGGUCGAGAGGCUAACUUUAUUACCUGGAUUUACCGUACAGUUUAGUAAAACUACAGCAACCUCAUCAAAAUUAGAAUGUCAGAACCAGAAAUAUUUCCUUGUGGACACUGAUACAGUAGACAUACAAUGUGAUCUGACAGAAGCCAUUCGAACAGUUAUCAUCACUGGAACAGGACGAACGUCACUUUGUUCGCUAUAUAUAAAUGGAGGUCGUAACGUUGCUUUGAAACAAAGGACUUGGCAAACAAGUAAUUACUCAGCAAAUGGCGUUGAUUUUGAUGCUUCUAGAGCUGUUGAUGGAAACACAAACUCAGAUUUUGAUAAAGGAAGCUGCACACAUACAAAUGAUAGAGAUUCGAAACCAAUGUGGAACGUCACAUUCCCACUAUCCGAGAUCACCAGAUAUGUUUUAUACAAUAGAAAUAGUAACGAGGAUCGUCUUGCUGGAUUUUUUUUAGUUGGAGAAAAUUCUGGAUCUCAAAAGUUUAGCUAUAAUGACACUUCUACAUCUGGAUCGCCUGUUUACAUUGUUGUAGAUGCUGCUAAAAAUAACUUAAAUCAAGUGAAGAUAAGCACAAAACAGUAUGUCACAUUAUGUGAAACUGAAAUUUAUGGAGGUAAUAGAAUCUUAAUAAUUACACGUGUAAAUGUAACAAUGAAAUAGGGUAAUUGAUAUAUCAUUGAGUACGAACUA